AUGAAUCAGAAAAAAUUACCGAAGGUUUAUAGAAAUGACUUAGAAAAUAGCUUUAUUCGAAAAUUUGAAAGAUCUUUUUUAAGUUAAAGUUAGAAAUCUAAUCAAGUUACAAGAGUGCGAUUAUAUAAAUAAAAAUAACCGAGAUAUCAAAUUAAUGAGAAUUUGAAAUAGCUAUCUGAAUGGAAUGAAUAAAAACAAUAUCAUAAAAAGCUUAAAUAUUAUCCUAGAGCUAAAAGUUCAGAAAGCUCGAUCGAAGGACAAAAUGGUAAAAAGGUUUCUUAGUUUUUUUUAUUGUUGCCCUAUCAUUGUCCUGUUCAAUAGAGAUUCAAUUAAUGUAGAAUGAUGUGGAAACGGCUGAUUAUAGGAGUGGAAAUUAUAAUCUUCUAUGGUAAACUUUAUAGAGAAUAAUUAAUUUCUAAGACUGCUUCAUGUCCUCACAUUCCUCCUCGAAGAAGCAGUCUUAAAAGUCUCAAUUAUCCUGCAAGUCCUCCUAAAAGGAAAUUUCGAAGUAGAACUCAAGGGGAAGGAAAGAAUCAACCAAGUGGCUUUGGUGAUUUUGUAAAAGCAAUGUAUGAAAGUGAGAAGUAAAAAAAGGAGUUGAGCUCGAAAUCAGUGAUCACAAAAGAAUUUCGUUUUAACGAUUCAAGAAUAAAAAGGCUUGUGACAUCAAAGAUUUGCGAUCAAACUGUUGAUCUCUCAAGAAAUAGAUGUGCAAGCAUCAAAGAUUCUAAUUAACUACCUAUUCUGAUGUAAAUAGCGCCUUACAAAGAAGAAAACAUUAGAAUAAAGAGAGUUUCUUCGACUAUGAUAAGAAGAAUAAGGACUCUCAGAUUAUAUUGA